UUGAUUCUGAGAGACAGUGGUUUUUUCCGUUACCUCCACACGGCAGUGAUUGUUGGCGGGAACAUGUUGGUGUUUGGAGGGAACACGCACAACGACACCUCAAUGAGCCAUGGGGCGAAGUGCUUCUCCUCAGACUUCAUAGCAUACAGCAUAGCUUGUGAUGAGUGGACUGUUCUGCCCAAUCCAGAUCUUCACCAUGAUGUCAACCGUUUUGGCCACUCAGCCGUGUAUCACACUGGGGUGAUGUACGUGUAUGGAGGCUUUAACAGCCUGAUGCUCAGCGAUGUGCUGAGGUUCACCCCUCCGAGCUGCGCUGCUUUCUCUGAGCAGCUGGAGUGUGUGACGGCUGUGCCCAGCGUGAAGUGUGUGUGGAACUCCACUACCUCCACCUGUAUGUCCUGGGACGCAGCGGCACCCCAUGACACCGAGGGCUUGAGAAACACCUGCAGUCCCAGAGGGUAUGCAGAUGGUGAAAAGUGUGACCAGUAUUCAGACUGCUACAGCUGUACAGCAAACACUAACAGCUGCCAGUGGUGCGCUGCGGUCUGUGUGUCUGGUCAUAGUAACUGCACCAGUUCCCCGGGUGGGAUAAUGGAGUAUGAGGCAUGUCCAAAGGAUAACCCAUCCUUUGUGUGCAGCAAGAAGACCAGCUGUAAAAGUUGUACCACAGAUCAGAACUGCCAAUGGGAGACGAGAAAUCAAGAGUGCACUACCCUCCCUGAAUAA